AUGGAAAAGCGACGCUCUAUUCUCUUCGUGACCAACAGCGAGCUGGGUCAAGCCAGUGUCAUCCUCGCUACCGCUCAUGAGUUUUUGUUGAGACCUGAGUACAAAGUGCACAUCGCUUCCUUUCCCGCUCUCCAAAAAGAGGUCGAAGAACUCAAUGCCACGGCUGCUCGUCUUAGUAAUGGUGCUUCUACUACCGCCAGAUUUCAUCUCUUGGCUGGCAAGUCGAUGAAAGAGGCCGCACCACCUGGUACCGAGUUCCUUGAUCUCCAUGCACCAGGUAUGGCCGGGGCUCUCUUUGCCUACGACAAUGUACUGCCAGCAACUUUCGCACCCUGGAACGGGACCGAGUACAUGAUCGGAUAUAGCAGUACGACCGAUAUCAUCGAUGAGACAAAGCCUGAACUGGUCAUCAUCGAUCCCUUGUUCAGUCAAGCUGUUGAUGCUUGUAACUCCAUCGGCCAAAGGCAUAUGAUCCUCAGUCCAAACACUUUGAAAGAGCUUGUAUUGGAUCGUCAACCCAGUGGCGGAGCUUUGUGGAAGUUCCCUGCUAUGGCCUCCGGCUUCCCCUAUCCCCUUCCAUGGUCAUACAUGCCAGCAAACAUAUACCUCGUAUAUCGCUUCCUUUGCUCUCGCCGUCAAAAUGAGAGACUUCUCCAGCUGUCACGAUAUCGUCAAGUAUGUGGCCUGCCAGAAAAGAUACCCUCGAUGUUUGAAGGAUUCGGAGAUGCUCAUAUCCUACUACCCUCGACGCCAGCCAUCGACUAUGACUUCUUCGUACCUCCGCAUGUUACCCCCUGCGGUCCAAUUGUUCGGCCCUUUGAACCUCUUGCCAAGACUGAUCCGGACCUCAACACCUGGCUACAGCAAGGUCCGACUGUUCUAAUCAAUCUUGGCUCCCACAUCGUGGCCGAUCGACAUCUAGCCGCAGAGUUCGCCGCCGGAAUCAAGACUUUGCUCGACCGUCGUCCCGACAUCCAAGUCCUCUGGAAGCUGAAGACGAAAGACGAUCUUGGCGAUGCCCUCCAUGUGAUUGCCAGCGAGAUCGCGCAAAAGCGAGUUUGGAUUGAACCGUGGCUACCCGCACAACCCAUUGCGAUUCUCAUGACGGGCAAUAUCGUCUGUAUGGUCCAUCAUGGAGGCUCUAAUUCAUAUCACGAGGCCAUCUUUGCUGGAGUCCCUCAGGUCGUUCUUCCCGUCUGGAUAGACACAUACGACUUUGCGAUUCGUGUCGAAUAUCUGGGGAUUGGCGUUUGGGGCAACCGAGGCGCUGCUCCAUAUGCUGGGAGCGCAGAACUUGGUAAUGCCCUUGUCCAAGUCGUGGAUGGGGAUGACUCGGCUGGUAUGUUGGCAAAGGCCAAGCAGAUUGCUGUACCAUUCCAAGAGCGCCCUGGUCGUCACGUCGCAUACGAAAAGGUGGUAGAGAUACUGAAUGAUAAUGAUAAAUAG